UCCUAAUGAAAAAUAUAAAGUGGAUAAUUUAAAUGAUAAAUUUUUAAAAUGGGUUGUUAUUAACCAACAAUCAUUUUUAUUAUCUGAAAAUGCAGAAUUUAUUAAAUUUCUGCAAGAACUUGACCCCCGUUACCAUCUCUCUGUCGCCAAUGCUCUCAACUUGG